CGCAUCAGCGAGCUUUGUAGUCACUGCAAGGAUCUAAAAAACAAGAGAAAACCCUAAUCUCUCUUCCCCAAAAAGGAACUGUGAGGGCAAAGCCUCUCUGGUUAGAUUUGAAGAAGAAGAAGAAGAAGAAGAAAAUGAUAAAGAGGCGAUUCUACAAGAUAGAACAUGCCGGUGGCAAUGAUGAUGCUUCUGAUUCGUCUUCGGACUCUGAAGUAGAAGCGGAAGUAGAAGCGGAAGCAGACGCAGAAGAAGAGACCUCUGAGGAAGCCUCUGAAAAUGAUGUUAAAGUCCACAAUGAGUCUUCCUCUACCUCUUCUGGAUAUGCGAGCGAAGAUAGUUCAGCAAAUGAGGUUGGCAUUGACUCUUCAGGUUUACUGUUAAAUGAAGAAGAUGCUGAAACUGGAAAUGACAUACAAAACCUUACUGACAGGCAAUUAUCUGGUUCACAUGGUGCUAAAAUAUCUGAGGAGUCAGAUAUAAUUGCUGAAAAGGAUUCACUUCCGGCUGAUGUUGCUGGUCACAUCUUGAAAUGCAAAUCAGUUUUCAGGUGCAGGCUUUGCCCAAGGAUUGUCUGUUUGACUGAGGAGAGUUUGAGAGCUCAUCUAAAAUCCAAAAGACAUGCUCGUUCUGAGAAAUUACUGAAUGAUGGGAGGCUGAAGGUCAUGCUCAACAGUGAUGGGGAAGAGGAACAACAAGAGACCCCUGCAGAGAUGCAUGCUCGAAUUGUCGCUCUUGCUCAGCCUAAUCAAAAAAUGAAAAACAAAGGGAGGCAAAGGCAAAGGAAGAGAUUGAGAAGGAAGAAGGUUGGAGAUGAUUCAGACAUGGGAAAAGCAAGACAAGGGAAACAGAGUGCAGCUAAGAAAAGGCGUAAAAAUGAAAAGUGAAGAAUAUAAUAAUCUUGUUCUUUGCCGUGCAGCAACAGAAUUAACAAAGAAUGUCUGGUAUCUCUUUUUGGCUGUUUGAAGUUUUUAUGCGUGAUGACAUGUGUGAAAAGAGACUGAAGUUGUUUUCCUUUUUCCCUGGGGUGGAAUUGUAACCUUGUCUGUGGUGUCUGGAGAAUGCUAAUUUGGGUUAUCUAAUUCCAGAAAUUUUGUUUUUCUAAAAAACCAAGGGCAUCAAAUGCUGUGUUUGAAA